GUUGAGUUUAAGAUGUAACUGGAUUUCUUGAUAGGAAAUGCAAGUGAGUUAUAUAAUGUAUUAGAGAAUUGAAAUGAUGAUAUUUCCUUUUUUAGAUAAGACAUUACAGUAAGGCUUAUAAUCAUUUAACACGUAUUGUGUAAUCAUCUUCUUUAUCAACAUGGCCCAAACCUCAACUCUGAUUAGUCUUUCAUCAUCAUCAUUAUCAUCAUCAUCUACUUGGGCCAGGCUCAAAUCUUCUAGUGCUUACAGAAUCAUUUUUAUUUUUCUUUUUUUUUUUUUCUUGUUUUUCAAUAAUUAUUAUAUAUAUAUAUAUAAUAUUAAACUUUGAUGAACAGUAAAAUGAACCAAAAAGUAAUUUGCUGAAAAUCUUUUUGCAGAGACUUUUUGCUUUUGGUUAUAAGCAGAAACCAAUGGCAGCAGAGGCUGAAUUAACUGCGAAGUUCAAAAGGCAAAACAACCCACAUUGAAAAGCAGCUCGAAAGAAAUGGCUUCCUUUCCGUACCAAUUGCACCACCCCUUUCUUCUUGAUUCUCUUCUCUGCUUGCCCAACACAACUUGUUCUUCUUCUCCUCCUCCUCCUCCUCCUUCCAUGAAGCUUUAUACUAAUAAUUUAAUGGAUGAAGAUCACAGCAGCUGUUUCUCUCAGUUUGAUCCUCCUCAAGACUCCAUGAAAGACACUACUCCUGUGAUUUACGACAACAGCUGCGUUGUUCUCAGCGAUAAUGAACCCUCUGUUACUAAAAAGCAGAGCACUGACUCAUCAACUGUCGUGGACGGAGAUCAAGUCACCCAAAACCUCGCUCCAGUGCUCGACAAGAAAAGAAAGACCAGAAAUGGCUCUACACUAACUUCUUCUGGUCAUCACUCCAAGGAAACGGGUAGAGAAGGAAAGAGCAAGAGACAAAAGAAAUGCAUGAGUAAUGGAGGAGAAGAUAGAAAAGAAGGGAAAGGUGAAAAAAAGGUUGCUGAUCAACAACCACCAACAGGCUACAUUCAUGUAAGGGCCAGAAGAGGCCAAGCAACAGAUAGUCACAGUCUUGCAGAAAGGGUAAGAAGAGAAAAAAUCAGUGAGAGGAUGAAGAUUUUGCAGAAACUUGUUCCUGGAUGUGACAAGGUAACUGGGAAGGCCCUCAUGUUGGAUGAAAUAAUAAAUUAUGUUCAGUCCCUACAGAAUCAAGUAGAGUUUCUGUCAAUGAAACUUGCUUCUCUGAAUCCUGUGUUCUAUGACUUUGGAGUGGACCUAGAUGCAUUCAUGGUGAAACCAGAGAGAAUGGGAUGUGUACAAGAAUGCAGCCCCACGCAGAUUACAGCUUUUGCCGAUGCAACCACCACCAACUUUGCCCCAGCUAAUAACUAUUCUCUUCUUGAUGCCUCCUCACCCGCUUUCUUCAUUCAACAACCCCAAAUCAGACCUCAUCCUCAGGACAACGGUAACGGACUAUUGUGGGAUGCAGAAGAGCAAAGACAAAAGUUUCUUAAUCCAUCUGGGACUGGGUUGGCCAACAGCAACUUGUGUUGUUUCCAUUAAUCUUGCAUGGAGUUGAAACUAAGACAUAUCCACAUGAAAAAGAAGAGAGAAGGGUGAGGUUGAAGAUGAAUAAAGGACAUGCAGCAAAAUCAAUGGAGGAAGA